UACAACAGCUCCGCCAAUCGCGAGCUUUGGUCCGCGCCUGCGCAGUGGCGACCAAGCCGGCAAACGACAGCCUGUCCCACUUUCUCCGGAGUGAGGGGCUUGCCGGACCGGGUUGCUCCGUUCUCCUGAGGGCGAGGAGUGAGGCCGCGCCCGGGAAGGCGCCGCCGCCUCCUUUCCUCGGCCGCCAUGUCGGCCUUGAGCUGGAAGCCGUUCGUGUACGGCGGGCUGGCCUCGCUCGUGGCCGAGUUUGGGACCUUCCCUGUAGAUCUCACCAAAACGCGACUUCAAGUCCAAGGCCAAAGCAUUGAUGCCCGUUUCCGAGAGAUCAAGUACCGGGGCAUGUUUCAUGCCUUGUUCCGCAUCUCUAGGGAGGAAGGCAUUCUAGCGCUAUAUUCUGGGAUUGCUCCAGCCUUGUUAAGACAAGCGUCCUAUGGCACCAUAAAAAUUGGUAUAUAUCAAAGUUUAAAGCGGCUUUUUGUGGAUCGUUUAGAAGAUGAAACGUUACUGAUCAAUGUUAUCUGUGGGGUAGUAUCAGGAGUCAUAUCCUCUGCACUGGCAAACCCCACAGAUGUUCUGAAGAUCCGAAUGCAAGCUCAGGGCAGUCUGUUCCAGGGUGGAAUGAUUGGAAGCUUCAUAGACAUCUAUCAGCAGGAAGGCACGCGGGGGCUCUGGCGGGGUGUAGUUCCCACGGCCCAGCGAGCUGCCAUUGUGGUGGGUGUCGAACUUCCAGUCUACGACAUCACUAAGAAGCACUUAAUCCUUUCAGGACUUGUGGGGGACACAAUUCUCACUCAUUUUAUAUCGAGUUUUACAUGUGGGCUAGCUGGUGCUGUUGCAUCAAACCCAGUGGAUGUGGUGCGGACUCGUAUGAUGAAUCAACGGGCCAUAGUGGGGAGUGUGGACCUCUACAGGGGCACACUGGACGGCCUGGUAAAGACAUGGAAAAGUGAGGGUUUCUUUGCACUGUACAAAGGAUUCUUACCAAAUUGGUUGAGGCUGGGCCCCUGGAACAUCAUUUUUUUUAUCACCUACGAGCAGCUGAAGAGACUUCCUUUCUAGGGACCACUUCGGACUGGUGACCAACGUGCCCUUCCUGCUCAUCUCCUCCUCCUCCUCCUCUUCUGCAUCUUCAUGCUCCUUGGCUGUUCGGACUGUGGCUAUCACCCCCAUUCUGAAUGCUCAGUCUGGGCAUGUGGCCUGGAUGCAGGGGAGAAAAACGCACAGGAGUCUUUUGCAUGUGCUUUCCCACAAGGCAAAGAAGGGGAGAGCGUACGGGUCCAAGUCUGUAUCUUCUGUGAAGAUCUGUGUUCAAGCAGUCCUUCUGGGUGCAGCUGCUUGCAGCGUGGAUUUUGCAGCAGGCUGUGCCUUUCCCUUGUCCUGUGCCUCGGGCAACGGGGGAUUUAAGGAGGCUGCUACAUUCCCUCCAUUGUCACGUGACCUUAUUAAACUAUUUAUUGGA